CUUGCAACUUCUUACUCUCGCCAAGCGUAUAACACCUCAAAAGCACUGUAGUACGGACUUCUUUGACCAUCGUCUCUCUGCACAUAGUCUCCCCUCCCUUUCCCGUGCUCGUCUCCUGAACUAGCGAGAAGGAAACACGCGAAAAAAAGGACAAGAGAGAAAGGACCGGAAAAAAAAGAGAUCCCAGAAUCUCAAACGUUAUAAACGGAAAAGAAAUAGAUCAAGAUGAACAGGGGAUUCAUCAAGCCCGAGACUAUUCUCAAGCGGUCGGAAGACUUGCUCGCCCUCGGAGGUCCGCAAUCGGAGCAACAAGCUUUGGACAGCUUGACCGAGGUCUUCCAGUCCAACCGAUUCAAAAAGACCCCCUUGCCCGUCCUCGAGCCCAUCAUCCUCAAGCUCCUCCAGCUAUGCACUUCCCUCCGAAAGAACCGUCUCGCCAGGGACGCCCUCGGUUUGUACAAGAUCGCCGCCCAGCAAGUCUCCAUCCCCUCCAUCGAGCUCGUCCUGAAGACGUUCAUCCAGGGCGCCGAGGAAAAGCUCAAGGCCGCUCAGGACGAGGCCAAGGAGGUUCUCGGUGAACAGGAAGCCGGACAGGGCGAGAAGCAGCAGGAGAGGGAGGACGAGGACGAUUUGGAAUUGCCCUUGCAGCCGGAUACCUUGUUGUUCGAGUCCCUCUUGGAGGAGCCGAACGCUGCCGCCGGUGACGCUGCCGGUGUCGACGGGAGCAAGGACAAGGACAGGGUCGAGAGGAAGAUCGUCACCCCUUGGUUGAGGUUCGCUUGGGAGGCUUACAAGACGUGUUUGGAGGUCUGCAAGAGCAACGCCAGGUUGGAGGUUGUCUAUCAGCAAGUCGCCCUCCAGGCCUUUGGGUUCUGCCGCAGCCACUCGCGUAAAUCCGAGUUCCGUCGUCUGACCGAGCAACUCCGCAAAGACCUCUUGAACGCGCAAAAGUACGCCUCGCAGGCCCACUCGAUCAACUUUAGCGACCCGGACACCUUUUCCCGGUUCCUGGACACUAGGUUCCAACAGCUCGAAGUCGCCGUCGAGUUGGAACUCUGGCAGGAAGCUUUUCGAUCCGUCGAAGACAUUCAUGGGUUGUUGAUGUUGCCCGCUGCUAAAAAGGGGUUGAAGCGGGAGAUGAUGGCCAACUAUUACGAAAAGUUGACCAGGAUCUUCAAGGCCGAGGGUGGGACGGGUACCAUGGCCGUCUUCCACGCCGCCGCUUGGGCCAGGUACUUGCAGCACGCCGAGUCGGCCUCGUCCGGUCCCGGAGGUGUCAACGAGAAGGCUCCCGGUGCCGUCCUGCUCAGUGCGCUGGCCGUGCCCCUGAGUCAGGUCGAGGGUGUCAGUGGAGAGGGAAGGAACGGACAGAGGUUGAUGGCCUUGUUGAACUUGAACAAGAUGCCCACCAGGCAGGGCAUGCUGAGGGAGAUUACCAACAAGAACAUUCUCCACCGAGUCCCCUCGCAGCUCGUCGACCUGUACAACGCGCUCGAGGUCGACUUCCACCCCCUGACCGCCUGCAAGAUCAUCGCCCCGCUCGUCGACUCGAUCUCCAAGGACGAAGACUAUGCGCCGUACAUCAGAGCACUCAAGCCCGUCGUCCUCGCUCGUCUCUUGCAGUCCCUGUCCGAGGUCUACUCGACCAUUUCGAUCAGCUACGUCAUGGGCCUCGUCAAGCCGUUCGCCAGCGGUCCCUGGGCCACCAACGAAAAGGAUCUCGAGACCUUUUUGAUGGGCGCCAGUCAGAGGGGAGAGCUGGGCGUCGCCGUCGAUCACAUCAGCAAGGCCAUCACGUUCCAGCACGAGCAGGCCGUCAAGCCCGUCGUCUUGAGCGAGGUCUCCAACUUGCAAGACAUUGCCGCCACCGGUCAGACCAGCCAGAUCGCUCGGUUGGCUCUCGCUCUGCAGAACACGAUUCAGUACCUGAAUCCCUCGAUCCUCGAGGAUGCCAAACAGGCUCGUGCCAAGGCCUUUGCUAGGGCUCUCGCCGAGGCUGAAGACGAACGCAAGGCCGCCGUUCACCGACAGGCCAUCGUUGACCGUCGUCGUCAGAAGCUGGAAGAGAUCAACUCGAGGCGUCUGCGAGAGGAGAACGACGCCAAGGUCGCCCGUGCUCGAGAGGCUGCCGUCGAGGCUGCUGCUCGCGAGGCCGAGGCCUACAAGCAGAGGGAAAAGGACAGGGUUCAAAAGGAGAUCGACACGAUCCGAAACGCCGAGGCCAAGAAGCUCGCCGAGACGCUCAAGGCUCGUGGCGGUCUCAAGGUCGAUCUUGAUGGCGUCGAGGACCUCGAUACCGAAAAGCUGUUGCAACUCCAGAGCGCUCAGAUCGCCAAGGAGCAAAAGAACAUUGCUGAACGCAUGCGAAUCAUCUCGAAGCGUGUCGACCACCUCGAGCGAGCGUUCCGAAAGGAGGAGCGACCCCUGCUCGAGGACGAUUACGAAAAGCAAAAGCAGGCCGACAAGGACGCCCACAAGGCUGCCAUCAAGGCCGCUCAACAGGCCGCCCUCGAAAAGCACCACCUCGACCUCGCCCUCAAGGAGAGGCUCAGCAGGAUGUUGGGAGACUAUCAAUCCGCCAAACAGAUCAUCGAGAGCGCCAGGCAGGAAGAGUUUGCUCAGCGCAAGGCCGAGGCCGACAAGAAGAUUGCCGAGGAGAAGAAGGCUUACCGGGCACAGGUCCUCAAGGAGAGGGCCGAGAGGAGGCGCAAGGAGGAGCAAGAGCGACAGGCUCGAGAGCAGGCCGAGCGGGAGGAGGAGGAACGUGCCGCCGCCGAGGCCGAAGCCAAGGCUGCUGCUGCUGCCAAGGCCGAGGCUGAUGCUGCCGCCGCCGCCGAACGCAGGGCUGCUCGUGAGGCCGAACGUCAAAAGGACAUUGAAGCGGCUCGUAAGCGUGUCGAGGAGGAAGAGGAGCGUGAGCGUAGACGAGCAGAGAGGUCGCGAGAAGGACCCGUUCGAAGCGCACCUGCCCCUGCCGCUUCGAGUUCUGCGCCCGGAGCCGAGGGUGGUCGACGACGACUGCAACUCGCUCCUAGGACCCAGCCGGUUCCCGCACAGGCUGCCCCCACCCCGACUCCUGCCGCCGCUGCUCCUGCUGCUGCUCCCGCUCGAGCCGAGCCUGCCGCUGCCGCCCCUCCUGCUGCUCGUGCUCCUGCUGCUGCUGGUAGUUGGGCCGCUCGAAGGGAAGCUGCUACUCCCGCUGCCUCGACCCCUGCACCUCCCGUCUUCAAGGCCGGUGCUGGUGGCGGUUGGCGAGAAAGGGAAGCUGCCAGGAAGGCUGCCGGUGGUGAUGCCGCUUCGGAUGCGCCUCCCGCUUCGACUGGAGGUUACAGGCCCCCUGCUCGAAGGUAGAUUGUGGUCAGCUAUGUGCAGGUUGACUUGUAGAUGACGCAAAACUGUAGAAGCGCAAGUCUGGGACGAUUUCAUAUACGAUUGUUAUGCUCGACA